UCUCCGGGCGCAGUAGCCAUGGCCGCGGUCGCCGUUCUCCGCAACGACUCGCUUCAGGCUUUCCUCCAGGACCGCACCCCCAGCGCCUCCCCGGACGUGGCCAAGCACUCGCCGCUGGCCCUGCUGGCCGCCACCUGCAGCCGCAUCGGACAGCCGGGCGCCGCGCCCGCCGAUUUCCUGCCGGUGCCCUACGAGCCGACGCUCGGAUCUCCCUCCAGGAUCUUCCACCCUUGGGGCGGCGAGAUGCCCGCGCACUCCCCGGGGGGGCUGCCGCCGCCGCACCCCAGCCUGGGGCUGACCCCGCAGAAGAGCCACCUGCAGCCGUCCUUUGGGGGGGGGCACGAGCUGCCCCUCACGCCUCCCGCCGACCCCUCCUACCCCUACGAGUUCUCCCCCGUCAAGAUGCUGCCCUCCUCCAUGGCCGCGCUGCCGUCUGCCUGCCCCCCCGCCUACGUCCCGUACGCCGCCCAGGCCGCGCUGCCGCCCGGCUACUCCAACCUGCUGCCGCCCGCGCAGCCCUGCCGCCAGCUCUCUCCCAACCCGCCGCCCGAGGACCUGCCCUGGUGGAGCAUCCCGCAAGCCGCCGCCCCUCCCGGCUGCGCCCACCGCUUCCCCGCCGCCGCCGCCGCGCUGCCGCGGGGCCUGGUGCUGGGCCACUCGGACUUCGCGCAGUACCAGACACAGAUCGCCGCCCUGCUGCAGACCAAGUCUCCCCUGGCGGCCACGGCCAGGAGGUGCCGCCGCUGCCGCUGCCCCAACUGCCAGGCGGCCGCGGGCAGCGCGCCGGAGGCGGAGCCGGGCAAGAAGAAGCAGCACGUCUGCCACAUCCCGGGCUGCGGCAAGGUGUACGGCAAGACCUCGCACCUGAAGGCGCACCUGCGCUGGCACACGGGCGAGCGGCCCUUCGUCUGCAACUGGCUCUUCUGCGGGAAGAGCUUCACCCGCUCCGACGAGCUGCAGCGGCACCUGCGGACUCACACGGGCGAGAAGCGCUUCGUCUGCCCCGAGUGCGGGAAGCGCUUCAUGCGCAGCGACCACCUGGCCAAGCACGUCAAGACGCACCAGAACAAGAAGCUGAAGGCGGCGGCCGACGCCGUCAAGCGGGAGGAUUGCCGCGACCUGUGA